AUGGGUAUGCGGAACGCUGCUGCAUGUACGCAUACUGCAGCAAGUGGUGGAAGAGUUUUUUCUGACCCUUCCGACUCGCUGAUUGACAAUAUCCUCGGUGAACUACCUGAACAUGUGCGGGCUUCUCACACCACAUUCGAAGGGCUGUGGGUAGAGCAAGAGAUACGAAAGAGGCCAACAACGGCUGCAGAUGGUACGUGGCUAGGAGAUCACAAAUUUUGCUUCGAGAAUCAGAAGGAGUAG